AAAUGAAUCCAUACGGCCUACACACAAAAGAAUGUGCAUUUCUUUAGCUUGAAUCAGAUGUUUGGGAUUAGCAACUCAGUCUUUCUCAUUAGAUAGUAAACAGUUGGAAAACCAUAGUCAAUAUUGAUGAAGUCUCUGAAAAACACAAUUGGCAGCUACAUUUAUUGCAAGCUCAACAUAAUCUCCUUUAAUCAAAUAUCAAGAUGCUUAGAAUAGCAGCAAAAGUGAAAUACAAAACAAACUGACUUCUUUCAAGCGCUACCUUUCAUGUUGAAGCUCGGAAGCAGUUAUGCCAUUUUAUCAAGUACCGGGAAAAACACGAUAAGGUUCUUUUUUCACCUUGCUGUUUGCACUAAUCAUGUGACAGGAAAAGAUAACACUUUUUUCUUCUUUCUGUAUUGCUAUUAUGGAAAGUUAAAUAUAUUCAAAGAGUGUUGUUCAAAGUACAUUAUUCUACUUUUAAGUAUAUCCUGCAAUCUAAUCAUUUUCUUUUUACUUCCUAGAACAUGUUCAGUAGUAUUAAACAAAUAUAUAGGUGAAACAAUCUUGUCCAUUUUUUUUAAAAAAACUCAAAAUGCAACUAAUUAUUAUGCUCAUAUAAGCACUGGAGUAACUAGAUAUUGUCUAAGAAGUAUACAAUCUCAAAGACUGUAUGUUUUGGUGACAUUCUUCAGUUCAGAAAGAUAAGGGGAAAGCAUUCCUAAUUUGAGAAUGACAAUUUGCAUGUUUACAAAGGAGUUAUUAUUACAUCACAUCAAGCUGGUAUUUCAAUGAUAGCAAUGGUCUCAAUGGAAAAUCAAAAACAGAAAUGUAUGUAACUAAAAAAUCAGUGCACAUUUAUAUCUAGAUCAAAAUUCUUUAGUCUUAUAAAUUCAAAGAAGGAUUAUAAAAAUGAACAUGCAGAAAAUGAUAGCUAAUAUAUUUUGUGCAGUAUUUUAACUGCACAAAAUUUUAACUUGUACAGUAUUUUAACCCCAAUCAACAUCUAAAAAGAGACAUACAAUAGGCACCAUAUAAAUACCACCACACACAGAAUAGCCCAAAGCACACAUUCUGCUACAGAGAAGUUCCCUGAAGAUGGGCUCCAGCAUGAGUCCGAAAGAUCAGAAGACUAAACCUCCGUUCCUGGUGACCAACCCAUAUUGGAUCCUGCAGUAUUUUAACUCAAUAGCAAUGCAUGGAAAUUCCUGUACUUCUGUAAAGCCUGACUUUGUUCCCUAAAAAGCCCUUCUGGAUUUCUAAUGUGCAUGCAAUACAGAAACACAAAAAGCCUAUUUUUGGAAUGUUCCCACAGCUCAGGACAAUUGAUGUUCUAUAAGAGACUUUUGGCCCACAAAAGUCAAGCGGGAAUCCUCUAUCUCCCUGAAGCUGUGUCUCCUGCAGCAAAUAGCUAUUUAAAGCUCUACUGUUCUAUGCUUCUUUUCCUUGAAGUUUUUUGCCAGUGAAAAAAUACAUUCAACUAGCAAAGUCAGCUUCAAGAGAGCAACACCUGCAAAAUGCUUCAAGUCCUCAAAACAGCUGCUCUUUGAAAAUCACUUAACAUCAGUUGGUGGCUUUAAGGAAGAAAGCAUUCUAGUUUCUACUUACUGAGUUCAUCCAAUCAGAUAGGGAGAAGGUUGGACAAUAAAGCAAACCUCUGGUGGGAUCUAAUUCCCCAUACUUAUUGAGUAUGUCAAUGGUUAGAAAGAAAUUAAACCCAAAUACAGUAGAUCUUUUCAAUCUGUUUUGGAUGCAACACAUUCAUGUUAUCACAUUUUUCCUAAAAACAUUUGUGGAUAUUUCUAUAUAAAAACAUUAUAUAAGGUCUCAAUAUCUACAAUAUUUCCACAGGUACAUCUGUGAUGAAACAGAAAGCAUAUACAUCCAUAAUAAUUACAUUAAGAAGCAUUAUGAUCAUUAUCAAGCAAGCAAGCCUACAGAAUCUGUGACCUGUUCGUUCAAAUAUAACCUAUCGUGUCUAAGCAGGAUAGUUUGCCAGGUGCUCAAUAUCGCCCCCAUGUCCCUAGAGACCAGAUAGUCCCUAUUUUUUAAAAAAAACACAAAGCUACAACAAUGUUUAUAAUAUCUACAUAUUUAACUAUAUUAAUAUUAUACAAAUAUUUUAAUAUAUGUUCUCAGAACUUCCCUGAAAACAAUUCAAACAUUUGCUUAGCUUUAUUUCAAUCUACAGAUGUUAGAAGUUAGCUAGAACACGGUCCCCGGGCUGGCACCGGGCUGCAACAUUCCAGAAACUGGGCAGAAACAACCCAUCUGUAGUAUGCAGGCAGCACAUGAAAUCACGCCCCCUCUGGUCCACGGAAAAACCUUUCUCGGGAACUGGUCCCCGUGCCCCAAAGUUGGGAGCCUCUGAGCUAGAAUAACAAUGGUAUCUUCAAUUAAGCUGGAUUCUUGUAUUUAACUAUAUGAUUAAAAUGAACUUUAUUCUGCAGAAAAAAUCUUAAUUAGGCAGUCUUAAGAAAUACUAAUACAUAAGUAAUUGCAGAUCUGCUUUCUUUCUAUUAACAAAAAAUUAGCCUGCAAGUCCUACUGUAAUUAACUUCAUUAUGAAGACAUCCAACUUGAAAGGAAGUUCCAUCACAUUCACUUCAAGUUCAUAUGUAUUCAGAAGUUCAAAUUUCAUGUUCAAGUUAACUGUUGAUAUUACUUUUAUAAUUCAUAAAAAUAUAAAACAGAAAAAUAAAAACAUGGAAAAUUCACAAGGAUGUACACAAACACACACACACAUAUACAUGACUGAGUUCUAGGCCUUCUUUUACGUAUGAAAGCCAUCUGGAUGACUUUGGAUCAGUCCUUUUCUCUCAGACCAACUUAUUGCACAGGUUUGUGGUUGUAGGGAAAAUAGACAGGCAGGAAAAUUAGGUAGGUUUGCUAUCUUGAAUUAUAUAAAAAAUGUGGGAUAAAAUAUAAUAGUCAUAAUAAUAAUAUUCCUUUUACUGUUAGGAUUCACUAUAUAAAUCUACAUUUGCUAAAUAAAUAUUUUUUUUACUUUUUAGAUAUAAAUUGUAAAAGAAUGCAGCCUGGUGUUCAUGUCAGAAAUGGAUUAGAAAUGGACCCCAAAGAAGUAAUUUAACCCAUUCAUUGAUACACGGUUGUGAGAUGGCUGCUUAAAAUAAAUUGGAUAAAUUCACAAGUAAUUUCUUCUGGUUGCUCUUCACUACUGCAUCUAAAUAGAACUUCUCCACUCAGGGAAAAUACUGUAUAACUCUCAACAUUUGCAGUUGGUGGCAGAAUGGUCCUGACAGUUAUCUUAGGAGAUUCUGAUUUCUACUUUUUUGGGGGGAAGGUGGGAAGGGACUUUCAGACACUGUUGACUCCUGGGAAGUCUUUGGACAAUUCCCUGCAGUUUUCUUGACAAGAUUUCAGAACCUCUUUGCCCCUGCUUUCUUCCUAAGGCUGAGUAACAAUAACUGGGCCAAAGCCACUUAGUUGGCUUGGCACCUAAGGCAGGACUUGAACUCUUUUAAGUUCCUGGUUUCUAGCCUGAAGCCUUAACCAUUGCACCAAACUGGCUCUUUCUGGCUUGUACACAGCCAGAAGCAAAGGAGAAGCAUGCUUCUGCAGGUCUAGGAGAGAAUUUCAAAAGCUAAAAGCUUCGGUUACGAGCUUCAAUUGCUGAGGUCGCUCCUGCUAUGAGACUUAUCCCUUUUUCUUAGUGAAAUACUGUAUUGACUGAAUUCAAUUGCAUUGCAGAAUUAUAAUAGAGAAGAGCGGCCAGUUCUCUCUUUAAUUGGGCCAUUCUGUGCUAGACUACUCGGUGGGCCUGAAGCAGCCAACUACUUCUUAUGCCCUUAUUAGCUCAGAAUAUGCAGAGCAAAGGAAGGCAAAAUUACUGGGAAUGCGUUGUGUUAGUAGAAAGCCUCCGCAACCAUCACUGAUUGCUUCCGAAGAUACAAUCCAGAUUGCAAUCGCAGGCACCUCACGAUGCCAACCGGCAGAGGACUGCACUGCAGCCCUGGGCAACCCGGAGCCGUCACAAACAGCAACUCCCAGAUAAGGAACCUGCGGGGAUGACAGGCAACCGUCCAAACGGAAGGAGGGACACGAGGCCAGCCCGGGCGGGAGGGGUAGGUGGCAUUUGGAAGCAGAGUCCCUCGUCUCGCGCUUGGCAGCUCGUGGAAGCUCUCGCGAUGUUUCCCCGCCGCGGCUGCUCUUGCCGCCUCAGCACCUUCGCUCGCCCUGUCACUCCGCGGACCCGGCUCUAUGGCGGCGCUGCGAAGUCUCUUGGGCUGGCGCCGUUGUCGUCUCCCACCGGAGGCGGCCCCUCGCCGGCCGCUGUGGGGCUUGAAGGCCGCCGGCUCCGGCCGCGAGGGCACCCCGAGUGGGCUGAGCAUCGCGGCCGCGGGGGCUGCUGGCGGGGCGCUGGCUUGGCUCGCCUGCUAUCAUUACUACGACCGCCGGCCGCACCAGUCGCCCCCCGCGCUGGGGCUCGGCAGCCGGAGGGAGCGAGGAGAAGCCUGGCCGCCGAGCCAAGGCCGAGGACUGCAGCCCUUCCCUGUGGCGGCCGCUGCCAAGGAGAUGAUGGUCACAGAAAACAAACCAGAUCAUGAAGAUUUAGAGCUUUAUGCAACUUCCCGGGAACGGCGGUUUCUAACAUUUGCCAGUUUAAAAUUUGAAGGGCAGCUAUUUAUGACACCAUAUGAUUUCAUCCAGUCUGUUUCAAGUGAUGAACCAAGACAGACAAAACAGUGGAAGACACUGUCAAAACAGGAAUUGAAUCUGAUACUUAUUGAAACUCCACCAGUUUGGAAAGGAUCAUCAAAGCUCUUCAGGAAUCUCCAAGAAAGGGGUAUAAUUUCUUACACGGAAUAUCUCUUUUUACUAUGUAUCUUAACAAAACCACAUGCUGGUUUUAGAAUAGCAUUCAACAUGUUUGAUACAGAUGGAAAUGAAAUGGUGGACAAAAAAGAGUUCUUGGUGCACUUCUUCUACACAAAAGGUUCAUUUCCAGAAGAUCAAAUGAGCUUUACUGAUGAAUGCAACAAGAUCUUCUUCCCUGUAUCUGGUGUAAGGGAAAUCAAAGCAUGGAAGAUUUUUUUAAAGCUGCAAGAUAUAUUUAGAAAGAAAAAUGAGAAGAAAGAAAGAAAAGGAGAUGAAGAAAAGCGUGCAAUGCUGUAUCUCCAGCUUUAUGGAUACCACAGUACUACUAAUGUGCUCAAAACAGCUGGAGAGGAUCUUGUUCCAAGAAGCUAUUGGGACACUCUGAGACGUAGCACAAGUCAGGCACUCUUUUCAGACCUCACAGAGCGUGCAGAUGACUUUACCAGUUUACAUUCUGAUACUACAUUGCUGAUACACUUUUUUGGAAAGAAAGGAAAGGCUGAGCUUAACUUCGAAGAUUUUUACAGGUUUAUGGACAACCUUCAAACUGAAGUUCUUGAGAUAGAAUUCCUUUCCUAUUCUAAUGGAAUGACCACCAUCAGUGAGGAAGACUUUGCUCAUAUACUAUUAAGAUAUACGAAUGUGGAAAAUACAUCAAGCUAUCUGGAAAAUGUGCGCUGCAGUAUCCCAGAAGAACAAGGCAUUACAUUCGACGAAUUUAGAUCCUUUUUCCAGUUUUUGAACAAUCUGGAAGAUUUUGCAAUUGCAAUGCAAAUGUACAAUUUCGCAAAUCGUUCAAUAGGACAAGAUGAGUUCAAGCGUGCAGUAUAUGUGGCUACUGGUUUGAAGCUUUCAUCUCAUUUAGUGAACACAGUUUUCAAGAUCUUUGAUGUAGACAAGGAUGAUCAACUGAGUUACAAAGAAUUUAUUGGUAUUAUGAAAGACAGAUUGCAUCGAGGAUUCAGAGGUUACAAAAACAUACAGAAAUAUACCACUUUCAAAUCCUGUGUGAAGAAGGAACUCAAUAGCAGACAAUGUGAAAUCCGGCUGGAUCUGUCCAGAUCACACGAACCUGUAGCGCCAGUGGCAGGAGACUCCGCCCACCCUCCAGGAUGUCAUUAUGUCCCAUGCACAGAAGGUUCUGUGCAUGCACGGAAGAGGCAUGCGCAUAGUGUGCGCACGCUCUCGUGCCUCCCAUUCCCAAACCAGUAGCGAAGAAAGACUUCGCAUAUGGAUUGAAGAACUAUGGUGUUUGUGGGAUGACUGAAUAGGGAAGCACUUUGGAAGCACUUUCUGAACUGAAAUAUGCUAAAGUGAAUGCCAAGUAACCUCUGCUUUUUAUCAACAUUAAUGUUUGCUGCUUUUUCUUUUGCAAACUGACCACAGAAAUCAGGAAUAGACCAUUAGACCAAACGUUUUUCAGAUGAAACAAUAUUUCAAAAUUCUGGACUAUAAUUCUUAAAGCAUUCUACCUGUAUGAUUCAAAAUACGACUCAUCUGCUUUUCCUGGAAAGGAUUCAUGUGUAUAUUUUUAAUGUGUAAUGUAGUUUUUGACUGGUCAUUUGUAGAUUCAUACUCACUUUCACUUUCUUCCACCAGACUAGAAUUAUGAUGUAAUGUGUUUCCCCAGUAUUAUAUUUCAGUCAUUUUAAGCCUAUGCUAGUAGAGAAAAUUGAAAUGUGAGUCCUUAAAUCAAAAUCAAAAGUAUGUGCAGUUACAUGUGAAAAUGCUUUGAAAGUUUUUCACUGCAGAAAAGGGUAGAGCAAUCUAAUAACUUGUUAUGCAUAACCCAUAUCAGGGAUAAAUACUUCACAAAUAGCGUGAUUUGUGCAUUCAUCAGUACAUGUAUCUGGGAGUAUUUUUAGCAGGGUGAAACUGUUUCAUUUAAAUUCAUUUAAAUGGUCAGGAAGUCUGUAAAAAUACAGAUGUAUGUAGAAAUGUUUUUUUAAAAAUCAAGCAUAGUUUAUUUUCUCAUGCCAUUCCAUUUUUGUAGUUUUUUUCUUAAGCUGAUUAAUGUGCCUAUAAUAAUUACAAUUAUAUAGGAGAAAAUAUUUCCUUCUAGAGUUAUCACAGGAACAUAUAUUCAAAGUAUGAAAUGAGGUUCAUUUUUAAACAAAAUCUAAUUGUGUGGAUAAAAAUUGUAAAGCUAUCACUAUGAAUUAUUAAGAUUUAUAGUAUAGAAAGAACCUAAGAUUUUUUUAAGGAAAAAUCUACAGACUAUUUAAAUUAGAUUUUUUUAUUCAAUUCUGAUGUUUUUCAUUAUUGGCAUUCAGAUUAUAUCAAAUUAAGUACUUUAAUUUAUUUAAUCUAAAGAUGGUAGCUUUACUCCAGCACUUUACUAUAACCUUGUAGAUUGAUCAAAGCAUAUUGAUUUUAAAUGUUAUAAUGAUGCAUAAUAAUACAAAAUAAAUGUAUAUUUAUUUAUUUAUUGUAUGCUGUUCAUGAAACAGCUUGGAUACUAACAAACUGAGCAAAAUUUUAUUUACAAGAUGGAUCUCUUGCCCUGGCUUCUCCCUACAGCUCCUCCUGUAAGGGCUUCUGAAACCACAGUUUGUGAUAGUAUGGAAUCACCAAAAAUCUCCUUUUCAAAAUCAAAAAUCACUGUUUAAAUUCCAAACUAUUCUUUUUUGUGUUUUCUUUAGAUAAUCUAGUAAAAUAUUUUAGAGUCGGUACAUGAAGAGAAUUCAGGUCACUGACAUAAAACAUACAGUGGCUUUUUAAAUUGCUGGUUUAUCUGGUUUUCAUAACUGUAAAAGGAACGCAAUACUUGUAGAAAUAUCUA